AUGCUGGAGCUUUUUCUCACGGUGGCUUUCUCGGCGGCGCCGCUCACCCUCUACUUCCCGCCGAUCCGAAGCCUGAAUCCGUUCAUCCGCACAGCGAAUCAUCUUCUCCGGGACGCGAUCUCCUACGCUGCCGACAUCUACCCGCGCCUCCGCCUCGCCGUCUCGCGGCUCGUCUCCCCCAGUCGCGUCGCCGCCUCCAGAAGGUGGACCUAUCGAGAUGCCGGCGAUAGUCUUGAUCGGGCAGCGGCGGCGGCACCUUGUUUGCGGCAGCUGCGGCGGCGGCGCCACCUUUUUGUCCUGGGGCGACGCCGACACCUUCCAUCCGGUAGUGGCGGCACCUUUCCGGCAGCAGCGGCGGCGAGGGAUUCGACUUGUUCAGGGGCGGCGGUAGAGGGCGGCGAGAGGGCGGCCGUGGAUGUUGCAAGCGGGCGGCGGUGGAGGGCGACGAGGGGGAUUUGA